AUGCGGCGUACAUUCCCGAAUAUAAAGCUGCUGUUUCUGCUUAGCAGUAAGGCCGGCAUUGUGCCACAUGAUAGUGGCUCUGGCCGUGUUGGCGAUGUACUUGUCCCGCAUAGCCUACUCAUGAGAGACCAAGAUGGAAACAGCAGAACGGUGGACCUCACUAAGAUUUUGAUUCAAGAUUUAUCGUGUGGGCUCAACGAGAGCAUCGAGAACCUGAUUUCCCGAAACGAGAAAUGGGGCAGGAAAUGCCAGCGACCUACAGCGGAUCACGUGGACGGGCUGAGUAAGGUUUUCGUGCAAAAAGCUGGUUGCUCGAUAUAUCCAGACGGAGCGGUUAUCUCCAUGGGUGACUGUCCGGAGGAUGCGGAUUACAGGGACGACGUCGCAGCCUCCUUCAACACGCGAUCUAUCGUCUGCUUCGAUGACGGACACACGUCAAGUCUAUUGCGUCAGAUGGGUGACAACGAUCUGAGUGUGGUGCCUAUUCUGGGUAUCUCGCACUACUGUGAUGAACGUACGACAUCUAGUCAACGCAUUUGGAAAAACUAUGCUUCUGUAGCUGUGGCGGCUUGUGCACGAAUGGUUCUUGAACAAGAUAAUCUCAGCUCCUUUGGCCAUAGCCGGCAAACAUCCCAUACAUCAAAAGCUGAUGUGAACGGAAACACGUUGACUGACAGUAGUAUCGACUGCGGGAGUAUUGCCACCCCCAGUAGCAUUACAGCUACAUGUACAUUGCCGCAGGGGGACGAGCGCUCCGUGGACACAACUUCCCAGCAAAUAUCAGCCCUGGAGCAUCCCAUCAGACCACCACCCUCACCAGAACCUACAGUCAUACUCGCCGAGAUCCAAAAUGCUGCUCAAAACGUAUCGCAGCUCGCUGGGCGAUUCGGCUUCAAGAUGAUUGCAACGCUCCAACGCCCCAGAAUCAAGACUGCGCUAUUUAAAGACCAGAAAAAGCUCCAGUUAUCAAGCCUGAGAUACGCCGAUAACUUUAACUGUCGGGUUACGAAACGUUUCGGAAAGCCAGGGAGCUUCAGUACUGUCUCAGCUCCGGCGCUUUGGUGGUUAUGGGACCCGCUACUAGAGUGGCUCGGACCAUCAUAUCGCUCGACCGAUUACACACUCGAAUUUACGCCGAUUUCGAAGAGAGCCGACAUCGACUUGAGUUACGGCAUCAAGAUAAGGCUUUGCGUUGAGGAGAAUGAGUAUCUUAUCGAGCUCACAGCAACCUUUGGCGGUAUAUUCAGGGAGCAACGUAUCUUCAAGGCACCAGUCACGAUAUUUCAAUUUCCAAAAUUAACAUGCUUCGGCGUAUCUAAGCCUGCCUUGGACGUUGAUGAACGCCCAUAUAAAGGAGAAGGCUCCUUCAAAGACACAUUCGACUACCUCAUGCCAGCCUACGGAAACCUGUGGCGCAGCGCCAUGGGUGACUCUCCAGCAGAGGAAAUAUUACUAGUUGAGGCUUUGUCUAACACUUGUAAGGCCGAGGAUGACUAUAUGUACAUGUCUAAGGAUCAAGACUGCCAGUGUCAGAACCUAGUACUGCGCUUCUCUCCAGCAGCCAGGGAGUUUGUCACGGAGCGGGGCCUUGUCGGAAGGAAGGGCGGGGCAUACAGCAAGGCCGCCAAUGGCCCUCCCGGCCCAAAGGACUAG